GAACGGCCACAGACAGUCGCCGAGAGGCGACGAGGCGGGGAGGAAAGGCGAGAUGAAUGAAAAGGUGACACGUACGACGAACAAUAGAAUUACUCCAGGUAAUCACAAUUAUAUCCCCAUAUGUGCAAUCGACGCAUCUGACAGGUGGUCAGGUAUAUCGUGCCCUGAACGUGCGCUGGUCGGCUGCCAGUACCACUCUGUACCACGUUCUUUCAAGCUGACGGCGCUUCUCCAGCACGCUUCCUCCGACAGUUGUCUGCAACCGACGAGUGCCUGUCAGCCUACCCGAACGAAUUCAUGCCUCCCCAAGCAGCUCGCCAAGCUCGACUGGAGGGUCCAGUUCGAGGAAAUGGACCAGCUUAGCUGUCCUUUCAUCCGCAAGACGAGGAACCCGGGCCUCGCCUCUCGUAUUUGCGAAGCUGUCGCGAAGGGUCACACGAAGCAGGUAGCUAUCUUUACCCUCGACGGCGAUCACAUCCCUAGGUAGGUCAUGCGCACUCUCGAGAACGAAUUGACUGCAUAAACGGCACAUUCCCCGCGCGAUGUUGCGUACCGACAAACGGCGGAGUCUACACUCGGCUCCAAUGUUUCCAAGUCCAGCUGG